AUGACCGGCGAUACCAUUAUUGUUUUACUUUUUGAUGAGACAAGUGAACACAAGCGUUUGGAGAGAUCUUUGGAUGAUUGUUCACGAUGCACGGAGAGUGGGAAACUCGCAAAGCAUGCAAUCGUUGCUAUGGGCAUAAACACUUAUCUCGCUGUUGUCGAAUGGGAUGGCUUAGAAGAACAACAUUGUAUAAUUGCACCCACUCAUCAUGCCAGUUCUUCAAUUCAAUUAGAUGAGGAUGUAUGGGAUGAGAUGCGAAUAUGGAGAAAAGGUUUGGUUGCCAUGUGGAAGGAACAGGGCAAAGACUGUAUUUUCCUCGAAAUGUCUCGAAAUAUUCAAGACAAUCCACAUGUUAUGAUCGAAUGUAUUCCAUUAUCCGAGGAAGAGGGUGACACGGCUCCUAUUUAUUUCAAGAAAGCCAUCAAUGAAUGUGAAGGAGAAUAUGUCGAUAACAAGAAGCUCAUCCAAAUUAAAGACAUAAGGAGGCAAAUACCUAAGGGGUUCAGUUAUAUGGCUGUUGAUUUCGGGUUGUCAAAUGGAUACGCACAUGUGAUCGAAGAUGCUGAGCAAUUUCCUUCGACCUUUGCACACGAAAUUAUUGCCGGAAUGCUGGAUCUUCCUCCCAACAAAUGGAGAAAAAAAGAGAAGCAAUCAUUCACCGAUGUGAAGAAUAAGUGUGAUGCCAUGAAAUUAUCAUGGGAACCAUAUGAUUGGACAAAAAAAAUUCAAAGGUAG